AUGGCUCAAUCAGUAGUAUCAAAUUCUGUGCCAUCUGGAGCAUCAAAUGAAAUUCGAUUAAUUCUACUUCGAAGAACUGGCGUAAAAGUUCAUUUGUCCAAACGCAGUAACAAAAAAAAAUGUGCUCUUGCUCGUCGAUUAUUUAAUGAUAAACAAAUAUUCGUUGUUGAUACACCCGGUUUUCUUAAUCCGACUGUAACAGAAAGUGAUAUGAAAACUGAAGUAGCUAAAUCUUAUGAACUGACAGCAAUACCUGGUCCACAUGCUUUUCUAUUGGUUAUUGAACCAAACAGAUUUCUACCACAAGAAGCCGAAGCCAUAAAAUAUCUCGAUAAAAUUUUUUGUGCUCAAGCUGUGCAUCAUACAAUUAUUGUUUUUACUCAUAGUGAUUCAUUUCGAAAAACAACUGUAGAACAAUAUUUAGGUAAAUUAGACGAAAAUGCUCCAUUAAGACAUUUACUUCAACAAUGUCAACAACGUUAUAUGACGGUGAAUAAUUACGAAACACAGUCUGAAAAAGAUGCUUCAGUAAAAAAAACUUAUUGA